AUGGAGGAGCUUGAACACACUUGUCCCCAUCCUCGGACGAUGCUGACAGAGCCUGCCAUCUUUGCCAGAGAGACCAGCUGCGAUUGCCGCGCCCCUCACGAAAAGCUCACCAUCGCUCAGGCCCGCAGAGGCACCCCAGUGGACCGUCCAGUGAGAGUUUACGCUGAUGGCAUCUUCGAUCUGUUCCACUCGGGCCAUGCUCGUGCUCUCAUGCAGGCCAAGAACCUUUUCCCUAACACCUACCUCAUUGUGGGAGUGUGCAGCGACGAGCUGACCCAUAAGUACAAGGGCUUCACCGUCAUGACCGAGACGGAACGAUACGAAGCGCUCAGACACUGCCGCUAUGUCGAUGAGGUGCUCAGGGAUGCUCCCUGGACACUCACACCGGAAUUUCUGGAGAAACACAAGAUCGAUUUUGUGGCUCAUGAUGAUAUUCCGUACUCCUCAGCAGGGAGUGAGGAUGUCUACAAACACAUUAAGGAGGCAGGAAUGUUUGUGCCCACUCAACGCACUGAAGGAAUUUCCACGUCGGACAUCAUCACCAGGAUUGUCCGGGACUACGACGUCUAUGCCCGUCGCAAUCUCCAACGUGGCUAUACGGCUAAGGAGCUUAACGUCAGCUACAUUAAUGAAAAGAAGUACCGACUACAGAACCAAGUGGACCGGAUGAAAGAGAAGGUUCGCAACGUCGAGGAAAAGAGCAAACAUUUUGUUUACCGUGUAGAGGAGAAGAGUCAUGACCUCAUUCAGAAAUGGGAAGAAAAAUCCAGGGAGUUUAUCGGCAACUUCCUGGAACUGUUCGGACCAGAUGGUACCUGGAAGCAGGUGUUUCAAGAGCGAAGUGGAAGGAUGCUCUCCUACGCGCUUUCACCCAGAGAGUCUCCUUGCAACAGCCCUCCACGUGAACUGUCUCCCCUGCGCUCGCCGUCGCCGCCAUCGCCGCCCGCUCGCUGGCACAACGCGCGGCCUUCUCCGCCGACCUCCCCCAAAGGAGCGUCGGCUUCUAUCAGCAGCAUGAGCGAAGGCGACGAGGACGAGAAGUAA